UAUCUCAGGCAUUAACAUGCACAAAAAACAACACAAGGAAAUCCAAAUCAUGCCAAAAUAGGGAAUCUACAAACAGUUUGGGAAAUGAGCACAGACUGAUGCGAGGGUGAUCUGCUUAGUGGGCACACGAUUAGCCAACAAUGGAGAGUUGGUGAGGAGUUAACACAACAACAAAAAAAGUUCCGACUGGAAUCGCCAACAUGUGAGAUUUAACAACAGGAGCAAGCUGCGUGUUUGAGACUUUGGUAAAAGAUUUUGUCUUCAAGGCGAGAGAUGCAACUGGAUUUUAUUUUUAUUAAUGAUGCAUAAUGCGGCGUGACGUGCAACAAAGACAACUAUGAACAAUGGCAGAGAAACACAAGAGGAGUACACCGGUUUACCGCAGCGUCUCUUUGAAAAAGUGGGGCGCCAACAAAAGUAAGGAGAAACAAGACAAAAGCCAGAGUUUGGAGGCAGCCGGCGUCUCUCUUCCACUGGAGCCAAGCGGGGCAGAGCAGCGUCAUGUUAGUGCGUCAAGAAAAGUUUCCAAAAUCUCUGCCACCACAACCGCAGAGCCGAAGAAAGCCUCCUCCGCCCCUCUCGCCUCAAUUUCUCCCUCCAUACGCCAGCUCACCGAGAAAUUCAUCAGCAACAGCAGCAGCGGAGGAGGCACCGAGAGGACUCACAACGACUGGCCGGGAGACUUUGCAGCAGUGCCGCGUGAGAGCAGCACACUUCCCCGCGUCACAGCCUGCAGGAGGAGCAGCUCUCUGUCUCGACUGGCCUCGCACCGGGACGGCGGAACAGCACUCUUAUCAGACAACAAGUCAUUUUUGGACAAAGUGCAAAAGUUUAACUCCGGCACGGAUUCGGUGUCCGGAUCGGACUCUGAGAAAAAAACUAAAAGACGGACUUGUGCAACGUUAAGAAGCUUCAAUUCUGGUAAGAAAAAAUCUUGCACAUCUGAUCUCCAAAAGACUUUUAUAAAUAAUGAUGAAGAGUGUGUCACGUUUAGUGGCCCAAGUAAACUUCACAAAGUUUAUCCAUCCACACACUGCAGUGAAUAUAUUUCCCUGAAACCUGAUAAAUGGCCGAAUGUGACCAAAAUUAGACAACUUUUUGAUGAGAAACAAAAGCAAGUCGACACUUGUGAGAAUUCAAAACAGCUUGAUAAUAUUGAUUUAGGCCAGACGGGCAACCCCGAGCGUGGCGGUCGUUUGGAUAAAAGCGACAAAAUCUCACCUUGCUCAUCAGCUAAUGAAGGCAAAAGUCCAUAUUCGUCUCAGGCGAGCUUAGUUGACGGACGGAGCCAAAGCAGCGCUGCUGUCAAACAGACACUUUGUGACACUAUGGACUUGCAUUCCAAAAUCUACGAGCAGCAUUAUGCACUUGAUGAGGAGACGCGCUUAAAAUCAUUCGGUUUUUGUAUUGACAAGAUUUCUGGGACAAAUCAGUUUAAAAACAGCAGCAGCUUUUCUCUGGGUUGCCGUGAUCAAAAGCGUAGCUCAUCCCCAUUCAGAUCUCAGAGCCCCAGCUCAGAGGCAGAGGGUGCCUCCAAAACUCCCACGCUGAUAGAGUUGACCCCUGACCCUCAUCCUGACCUGCAGCCCUCAGCUACUACUUCUCGUAGGGGUUUGGUGAGCCGGGACACCUUCUGCGCCUCCUUUCUUCAGGAGCCGGUAGUGAGGGAGAGAAGGGUUAGUCAGGGGGUCGGGCUGGCAGGGGAUAGUUUACAUUCCUCACAUAGCUCCUCUACAGCUCCCACCUCUCCCCCCUUAUUCCCUCUCCAUGCUCCAGCUCCAGAUAAAGCCGUUACCUCCUCCUCGACUGUUGCUGCCUCCUCAGCUCCUGUCGGAGUUGAUUCUCAACAUAGAUCCAGCUGGAGGGUUAGCUCUGGAGACGAAGAGGAGUUGCAUAGCAGGAGGAAACGAGGAGGUGCAUGCUGGAGGGGCCCCUCUCAUCCUUUUGUUGACGUCAGGGGAGGAGAGAGGGUUGGCACAGAGGGAGGCGGCAGUUAUUUUUUAGGCAGUAAAAAUGGCCGCUGGAAUGCAAAGGGCAUCGGCAGGUCUUCAGGAAGUGAGGAGGAGAGUCCUGGUUCUGUAGGUCCAUCCAGUAGGGAGGCUGUGCGGCGGCGUUCUCUGAGAAAGAAGAAGCGGGUCUGUGGUGGCGCUUUCGCGGCUGGCCGCGAUGAUUAUAAUGAUCAUGACGGCGAAUCAGAUGACAGCGACAGUGAGCCGUCCUUGACCAUGGAGCACUUGGAUAGACCCCGCCAUGGGGUCAAAGGAGGAGAGUUUGCAGCAAGAGUAUCACGGAGUCAGUCUGCAAGAGAACCCACUUUUCAAAGUUACAGAGCAAAGGUGCAGCAGCAAUGGGAGCGCAUCUCCUCGCCUGUGGCAUCCACAACACUUCCUGGUGUGUCUCGAGUAUCAAAGGUCAAUAUCCCCCCUUUUGGUUCCAGUUCUGAUGGUUCUCGGUUUAGUUCCCGAUAUUCUAGCACUGAGACACUGAAGGUGGAGGACCAAGCUGGCUGCAGCAACCGUGGAGGAAACAAGUUUUUGAACACUGGUGGAGACAACACUUCCAGGAAUUAUGCCUCAUCAAUGCUGAGUAAAACAUACUAUGGAAAUUUUACCAUGUACCGCUCCCCUAGUUUUGGACACGGGGAUAAUUUUCCUCGUACCCAAGUUCGGAUGCGCCCCAAGAUUGUUUCCAGUGUCACUUCCCCUUCUGGAGUCCAUGCUCUGGAAGGAACAUUACCUGAGACUGUGAGAUUACAUCAGACAACAGAUGGUGAUAUUGCAGAUGUUAAAAAUGGAAUAUCCAAGUCCAACCCUGACAUCACAAAAGAAACAAUGACACUUUUACACUUCUUGAAGUCAGACUUGUCGGAGCUGAAGGUGCGGAAAACUAGCGAGGAAGAAAAAUAUUGCUCGGGGCAGCAGAGUCACGGCGGGACCUUGUUGCCCUCUGGUCGUCGUUUGUCCCUAAAAGACUUGACGGCAACAUUGCGGCGCGCAAAGUCCUUCACGUACUCCAGUAAAUCCCCAACAGCUGUGCGUUGUUACCUGGCAGGAGGUACAACCAAAAGAAGUACCUCCGAGCAACAGCUUGACAUGAAUACAGAAAAAAAUGGAGGCAGGGUGUCCGUUUCAGACAGGGAAGUAGAAAGCGAUGGAGGUGACUUUAGGCUUGGAAGAGGACAAGGACUGUUAGAUUAUGGGUAUGAUGAUGAUGAGGAGGAAGUGAUGCCAGCACCAUUGCAAGAAAAAUAUGUGGAGGAAGCAAGGCAGGUUAUUCAGGAUAUCUGCCAGAUGAGCACCAGAGAAGAUGAAGAUAUUGAUAUGACAAGUGUGAAUGUUGUUGAAGAUAAAUGUUUUAUGCUUAAGAAAACAAAUGAAGAAAAGCGAAAAGGAAUGAGCCCUGAAUGUGAGUCAGAAACAGACCAAGGGGCUGAGUUUAAGACCACAAUGGAAAUAGAUAAACAUGUGGGGGAGAGGGAGAAUGGUGAGAGAGAGAAAGGAGAGAGGGAUGGACUUAGUAUGCAGCCUGAAAAGCUAAACAGUAGGAAUACAGACUACCAGGAGAAGGUGAAGAGACAUAACAGAGAGACCGUGAGGCCAUUACUGAAGGGGGACUCAGAGGAAAGCGUGUGCUUUGACCGCUCUGCGGAAGAACUUUCAGGCCAUGAGUCUAGUUUAACAGAUGAAGGAAUUGUAACAGAGCCAGAGAUUGGCCCUGGUGACCCCUCUGAGAGGGCUUUUUUGGGGUCAGGAGGGGUUAAUUUGGGGUCAUGCAUAGCCAGGGAUGUACUGGGGCAGCCCGUCACCAUAUGGAAACAAUCAGCACUCCAUGAAGAGAAAGGGCUGAAAAAGGAAAGAGAGGAAAUGAUGGAGAACAACAAUGGCUGUACAAAUCGACUAAAUGAGAUCAGCAUACUUCACCCCCACUGUUUGGACGAGAGCGGCAACAUUUUCACAGACUCCAUUGCUGGUCCCAACUUUGUCGACACUACCAAUGAGGGGACCAACUACAGCAACGCAGUACUGCAGACAUUGAUGGGUAAUGUAGGAAGCCUUGAGGCACCUGCAACCCCAAGUGCUGGCCGUCGCAGACGCAAGUUUUCCCCUCCCGUUAACAACAAUUCAGCUUCAGAGGUUAGUAACAGUACCACUGAGUCAACAGCAACAGCUGAUGGGACUGGGGAGUCAACAGUCUAUCGGUCCCUCAGCGAUCCUAUGCCUCAAAGACGCUCUUCAGUGACCGAGGAAGACACUUUUUCCUCUGUUGACAGCAACCUUUUAGGAUCUCUUGCUCUCAAAGGAGGAGGGCCAGCAAAGUCCCCUUCUGUACCCACUUUAUCAGAAUACAAAGGAAGUGUGGCCAGUGACUUGUCUGUAUACAGUGAUGGUGGACUCUGGGAAGAGGUAGUUGGUGACUACACUGGUGUGAUCAAGAAAAUUAUUGCUGAACCUGGAGCCAUGGACAGACUGACUGAUGAUCAUGGCAAAGCUGUAAAGAAGAAAUCCUUUAGUGACCCCAGUCGGCGUAGUGAUGUAGCUUUGCUUUCUCAUAACAACUCUCAGUGUAAAGGUCAGUCCAGCAGCUCUGGACCAAUCAGUGAGCAGGAUCAGACGGGCAAAAUCCUACCUUCUAGCAGCGAGCCAAUCCUGAACAAGCAUAAAGAAAAAAUGUUGAAGGUGGAGGGGCAGCCUAAAGAAAAUGUAAACACUCAGUCACAUGAUUGUCAUAGUGAGAGUAGCAAUACUGACACCAAGAAGGCUCAUUCCCAAACAGGCAAUCUUGACCACGAAGACAAUGUUAUUGAUGAAGGUGUACAAAAGAAAAUAGAGGAGACAAAGAGGUUUAAUUUUGACCUCAAGCUCGCUGAAGCUUUAUCCCCUAGGAUAGUUCGUCGAUCCCCUCGAAAACGGCCAAAUCGGUUGGCCCAGUUUUUUUCCAAUGAAGACCCAUUUGAGCCCUCAGCUCUAGAGGAGCAAGAAGGUCACUAUGACACGUCUGAGCCCGCACCAUCUCUUGCCUCAUCAAAACCAAAGACCAGAACAAAGCAUGUUAGACAUGCCAGCGAGCCUGCUACAUUCAUACCCAUCUCGCCACCUCCACGACAGCAGUCUCUCAAGAAAGAGAGGAGUCUCUCAGACCAACCCACUGGCAGUUACGCAGCCCUGACUAAGACCCCAGUAGACAAGGUUCAAUCUUUGGAUGAUGUGACCCAAAAAUAUACUAUAGACUUUAACUCCGCUGAGGCUGAAGGUCCUGAGCGUCUCCUUGGGAAUAAGGAUGGGCCUGAAGGUUUGGUGUCUUCACUGGAGGGACCGGGUGAGGUCUUCGCCAUACAACCUACAGGAGCUGAGCCACGGAAGGGUUUGGACCAUGCAACAUCUGUACCAGCCCCAGAGAGGACCAAGCCAAGAGUGGACAUGCGAAAGCAUGUGAUGAUGACACUGCUGGACACGGAGAGAUCAUACGUGGAGUCACUGCGCACUCUGGUUCAGGGCUACAUGCGUCCUCUCAAACAACCGGACGGGGCCUCAAUUGUUGAUCCGCUGCUGGUGGACGAGAUGUUCUACCAAAUCCCAGAGAUCCUGGAGCAUCACGAGCACUUUCUGGAACAGGUGGACGGCUGCGUCAACCAGUGGCACGAUAGACAGACUGUCGGACACCUCCUUAUUCAAUCAUUCUCCAAAGAGACUCUGGCGAAUAUGUAUUCAGCCUACAUUGACAACUUUCUGAAUGCCAAAGAUGCCGUGAGGAUGGCAAAGGAGGCCAAACCUGCUUUUCACAAGUUUUUGGAGCAAAAUAUGCGUGAAAACAAAGAGAAGCAGGCCCUGGGUGACCUGAUGAUCAAGCCGGUACAGAGGAUCCCUCGUUAUGAGCUUUUGGUCAAGGACCUUCUGAAGCACACCGCAGAUGACCACCCGGACCACUCCUUCCUGUUGGAUGCUCAGAGGGACAUCAAGCGGCUGGCAGAAAAGAUUAAUAAAGGACGUCGUUCUGCUGAGGAGGCGGAGAGAGAGGCCAGGGUCAUCCAAGAGAUUGAGACGCAUAUAGAGGGAGUUGAACAUAUCUUGAAUCCACAAAGGAAGUUCAUCCGACAGGAGAUGGUUAUGGAAGCGAAGACAGUUGGUGGGAAGAAGGACCGAUCUCUCUUUCUCUUCAGUGAUCUGAUCAUCUGCACUACACUGAAGAGGAAGUCUGGAUCGUUGAGACGCAGCUCCAUGAGCCUAUACUCUGCAACUAGUGUGAUCGAUACUUCGAGCAAGUACAAAUUUCUGUGGAAGCUUCCUCUCGAGGAUGUGGAGGUGGUGAAAAGUUCCAUUCAGACAACAAACAAGGAAAAUGUCCAGAAAACAAUCAGUCGACUCGAUGAGGAUUUGAGCACGCUGGGUCAAAUCGGCAAACUGUCAGAGGCCCUCAGCUUACCACACCAGUCUCUGGAUGAGGUGAUCAAGGAUCUGAUGGCCUCUGUGCACAGGGAGCUGUCGGACAAGCAGUCUUUAGCCUUUAGUAUGACCUCUCUGCCCACCAAGCUGGAGUUCACCACCGUGUCAGCAGAGAGCAGCUUUGUCUUUGAGUUUACGUCGCCUGACGCUCGCUCUAACUUCGAGCAGGCCUUUGAAGAAGCGAAAAAGAAACUGGCUAUGAUUAAGGACCAGUGGGACCCAGAGUUCCUGAAAGCUAUUCCUAUUAUGAAGACGCGGAGUGGAAUGCAGUUUUCAUGUGCUUCUCCAAGUCACACCUGUCCUGACAGUGGAUGUGAAGUGUGGGUGUGUAACAGUGAUGGAUACGUUGGCCAGGUUUGCUUGUUGAACAUCAAAGAUGAGCCCACAGUAGAGGCCUGUAUUGCCGUCUGCUCAGCUAGGAUCAUCUGUAUUGCAGCUGUACCUGGACUGAAGGGGAGGGAGCGUGGACCUGAAGCAGCCCCAACGCCCGCAACACCUGAUCAUACUCAACAGCAGUUACAUAUUUCCAUCUCACGUUCCUCUUUGGAACUGUCCGAGCAACCAACAGGACCUGGUGCUGAGCUAGUUCCAUUUGACAGUGACGACACAGACGAUGAAGAUUCACCGAGCCCUUCAUCCACUCUACAGAGUCAAGCCAGCCACUCCACCAUAUCUUCCAGCUAUGGCAAUGAAGAGGCUCCAUGUUCCAAAGACUUGGCUACAGAGACCACCAGCAGUGAGGAGGAACAGGAAUUUUCAGUGACGAGCUCCUAUUCAGCUUCUGGAAUGCUGGCAGUAGGCGGAGGAUGUCGAACCAACACGGAGAGCCCCAUGGAUGGCCGCGCCAUGCGCCGCUCCUCCCGGGGAUCCUUCACCAGAGCCAGUCUGGAAGACCUGCUCAGUAUUGACCCGGAAGCCUACCAAAGCUCUGUGUGGCUCGGCACUGAAGAUGGAUGCAUACAUGUAUACCAGUCUUCAGAUAACAUCCGCAACCGUAAGAACAGCAUGAAGAUGCAGCACGCAGCUUCCAUCUUGUGUAUAUUGUAUUUGGACAACAAAGUGUUUGUAUCACUGGCUAAUGGCGAGGUGAUUGUCUAUCAAAGAGAAGCAGGUAGUUUCUGGGACUCUCAGUCUUCUCAGACAUUAGUUCUGGGAACUCCUAGCAGCCCCGUCACUAAAAUGGUUCCGGUUGGAGGAAAAUUGUGGUGCGGCUCCCAAAACCGAAUUCUCAUCAUUAACUCAACUACACUGGUGCAAGAGCAUUGCUUCCAAGUCGGGACAGACAGCAGCCGAUGUGUGACGUGCAUGGUGUCUUACGGUCAGGGUGUGUGGUUGGCCCUGCAGGGCAGUGCGCAUGUUAAACUGUACCAUGCUCAAACGUGGGAGAGCCUGACGGAAGUUGAUGUGGCGCCGGCGGUUCACAAGAUGCUUGCGGGUGCAGAUGCAAUCAUCAGACAGCACAAAGCUGCUUGUCUGAGAAUCACCGCACUGCUGGCCUGUAAGGAUCUUUUGUGGAUCGGCACCAGUGCAGGGGUGGUCCUCACUUUGGCCAUCCCAGCAGUGAGUUCUGGAACAGGUGCAUGUGCCAUGAAAACACCACUUGUUCCAAUGGGCUCUGCCCACGGACACACAGGUCAUGUUCGAUUCCUGACAUCAGUCGAGCUACCAGAAGGAUUAGGGAUGAACUUCCCCCCUCCGACAUCGGAUUCCACAGGCAAACCGUCGGAGAGUGCUGACGUCGUUGAUGGAAACCUUCAAAGGCGCGAUUCUGUUCGCCGCAGAGCCUCGGCCCACCUGCCUCCAAAAACCAAUCAACUUGUCAUAUCGGGCGGAGAUGGCUACGAAGAUUUCAGACUAAACAAUAGCAGUGAGACUAUUGGACGGGAUGACAGCACCAACCAUCUUUUGCUGUGGAGGGUCUGAGACGUUCAAGCCUAGUUCGGACUUUGAGACUCAAACCUCCCUUCCUCUUGCUGCAUACAAGUGCUUCAGACUUUGUGCAUGUAGUGUUUUAGUUUUCUGCUCGGCUCUGGCAAUUUUGAUGUGCAUUACAGUUACAAAUCCCUCUUAGACGUAGACAUGAUUAUGUUCACUUCAAACAUAGUUUUGUUGUGUAUGUUUAUACUAGGAUGGGUUCCACGACACUGAGAGGAUUUUUUGUUAUGGCACAGAAGCCUGAAAUAGACAAUAGAUGCAGACGUCUUUUGUCUCCAUUUGAGUUGUAAGACGUUGCUAAUCUGACGUAACAAAAUGUUUUGCGUCAAGUAUUGCUAUCGCGUAAAACAUUUCACUUGGUAAUGUAAUUUUGUACUGUGUUCAGUGAUAACGGUUUGAUGACGAUUAGCAUAGAAGUUCAGCAUUGAAGUAAGCUUUGUAAAACCCGAUUGGCCGACAGAUAAUAUUUGAAGAACAUGUUGAAGGGGAGGAUCGAGCACUUUAAGAAGAUGCAAUGUGUUCUGAAGGUGUGGAACCACUUUUUUCUUUGUUAAAUCCAUCACCUCCAACUACUAGCCAUUUAUUUCUUGGAUAUACAUAGGCGUGUGUAUUCCACAAGUAAUCAGUCUGUUUAAUGUUUAAUAACAAUACAAAGCUAAGUAAUGUGUCUUAUAAAGACAAAAGGUGCAUUACGAUGACUAUGCCAAAGCCUUUUUUUCUAUGUUUUAGUUUGAAUGAUUGGAAGAUUUUUUUUUUUUUUUUUUUCCUAGGAAGAAAAAUCGGUAAAAUGAUUGCUGAGUCCUCAAUCAGGAGCUUUUCAAGUUGAUUUGCUUAGUAGCAUAUGAAGAUAGUUGUGUACAGUAUUUAUGUUUUUUGACUUCUUUUUUUCUGGACAGCACUUAAUUUAUAGAAGAUGUAGCUUUCACCUUUUCUUUGCGAGUUGAGGUACAAAGAGGUCACGGUGUCAAUUCCUGGGCAUGCGGAUUGAGUUCAAGCACGCACACAGCACAGGGAAUAACAGAUUCUCAAAAUGCUUACUAUUGUAUUUUAUUUUAAAACACUACAACACUUUCUGCCAUGUUUCCACACACUGGCCCAAUCUGGACCUCUUAAGGGUGCAAUUACAAAUGUAACCUGCCAUCUUUGCAAGAGAACAAAAAUUGCAUAAAUGUAUUACUUGUUUUUUGUUGUUGUUGUGGUGAGUGUGUGACAUAAGUGUGAGUCAUUUUCACCCAAGGGCGUAGGCUUGCAUAGGGACGGUAGGGUAUAUACAGGGGUAUGAAAAAGUAUCUGAACCUUUAGGAAUUUCUCACAUUUCUGCAUAAAAUCACUAUCAAAUGUGAUCUGAUCUUUGUCAAAAUCACACAGAUUAAAAAAAGUGUCUGCUUUAACUAAAGCAACCCAAACAUUUAUAGGUUUUCAUAUUUUAAUGAAGAUAGUAUGCAAACAAUGACAGAAGGGGCAAAAAUAUUAAUUUUGUUGCCCCCGCUUUGGCAGCAAUAACUUCAACCAGACGCUACCUGUAGCUGCAGAUCAGUCUGGCGCAUCGAUCAGAACUAAUAUUGGCCCAUUCUUCUCUACAAAACUGCUCUAGUUCAGUCAGAUUCCUGGGCUGUCUGGCAUGGUCUUUAGGUCAUGCCAUAGCAUCUUAAUGGGGUUCAAGUCUGGACUUUGACUUGGCCACUCCAGAUUGCGUAUUUUGUUCUUCUGAAACCAUUCUGAAGUUGAUUUACUUCUGUGUUUUGGAUCAUUGUUUUGUUGCAGCAUCUAUCCUCUUUUUAGCUUCAACUGUCUGCCAGACGGCCUCAGGUUCUCCUGCAAAACAUGCUGAUGAAUCUAUGAAUUCAUUUUUCCAUUAAUGAUUGCAAGUAGUCCAGGCCCUGAGGUAGUAAAACAGCCCCAAAUCAUGAUGCUCCCUCCACCAUGCUUCACGGUGGGGAUGAGGUGUUGAUGUUGGUGAGCUGUUCCUUUUUUCCUCCACACAUGACUUUGUGUGUUACUCUCAAACAAUUCAACUUUGGUUUCAACAGUCCACAAAAUAUAUUGCCAAAACCUCUGUGGAGUGUCUAAUUGCCUUUUUGCGAACAUUAAAUGAGCAACAAUGCUUUUUUCAGACAGCAGUGGCUUCCUCCUUAGAGUCCUCCCAUGAACACCAUUCUUGGCCAUAGUUUUACAUAUAGUUGAUGUGUGCACAGAUAUAUUGGACUGUGCCAGUGAUUUCUGUUCGUCUUUACCAGACACUCUCGGGUUCUUUUUACCUCUCUGCGUAUUCUGCGCUGAGCUCUUGGCGUCAUCUUUGGUGGACGCCCACUCCUUGGGAGAGAAGCAACAGUGCCAAACUCCUUCCAUAUAUAGACAACUUCUCUGUCGAUUUAUGAGCAUCCAGACUUUUAGGGAUGGUUAUACAUAUAUAUAUAUAUUAGAGAUGUCAAAAUUAUCGCGUUAACGGGUGUUAAUUAAUUUUUUAAAUUAAUCACGUUAAAAUAUUUGACGCAAUUAACGCAUGCACUGAAUGAGCCGCUCUCGCAUUGCCUCAAACAGAUUUCAAUGAGGCAGUUUAUGGACAUUAAGAGUGAAGAGAAUGCCACCGGCCGCUUGGGGGCAGUGCAGCGCCGUCCCAUACUAAUGUUAUUCCUUCUAAUAGUGGGAGAAUUAGUAGUUGUGAGACGUUUAUGCUGUUGCUUUGUGCUCCACACAUAUUUCGGUAAGUUUGCUUUCUUUUAGUGGCAAUUAUAUGUCUCUUGUUGUAUUUUGGGUAAGAUAUGCUCAGAGAUAUAUCUGUUAUAAAGGCGAGUGGACACAGGCGUUCUUUGGGCUGCACUGUUUAUUGGCAUACGCUUCUGCAAUUCCUUCACAACAAACAGAAGUAUCAUUUAGUGAAAGCACAACAAAAAUAAUAUUGCUAUCUCUCAAAAAAAUAAUGUUCACAAAAUGAAAAGCACUUGAGUCUGUAGUAAUGAGGCCCUAUUCUCACACAGCUAAACAACAAUGCAAAGUGAACUGGCAUUACUCAGAGUUUGGUCACUCAAUUCUUAUUAUUGUUAUUUUUAUUCUUAUUAUAUUAACUCUACUUUUGAUUGAAAUUUGUACAAAUUUUAUUAAAACGAAAAUAUGGAGGGGUUUUAAUAUAAAAUUACUAUAACUUGUAGCUAUAACAUUUAUCUUUUAUGAACUACAAGUCUUACUAUCCAUGGAUCACUUAAACAGAAAGAAUGUUAAUAAUGCCAUUUGUGGAUUUAUUGUUAUAAUAAACAAAUACAGCACUUAUGUACAGUAUGUUGUAUGUAUAUAUCCGUCUUGUGUCUUAUCUUUCCAUUCCAACAAUAAUUUACAGAAAAAUAUGGCAUACUUUAGAGAUGGUUUGAAUUCCGAUCAAUUACGAUUAAUUAUGAUUAAUUAAUUUUUAAGCUGUAAGUAACUCGAUUAAAAAUUUUAAUCGUUUGACACCCCUAAUAUAUAUAUAUUUAGGGCUGUCAAAAUUAUUGCGUUAACUAGCGGUAAUUAAUUUUUUAAAUUAAUCCCGUUAAAAUAUUUGACACAAUUAACGCACAAAUGCCCCGCUCAAAGAUUAAAAUGAGAGCACAGUUAAAGGUGCUUGUUGUGUUUUUCGGAGUUUUGCCGCCCUCUGCUGGCGCUUGGGUGCGACUGAUUUUAUAGGGUUCAGCACCCAUGAGCAUUGUGUAAGUAAUUAUUGACAUCAACAAUGGCGGGCUACUAGUUUAUUUUUUGAUUGAAAAUUUUAAAAGUUUUAUUAAAACGAAAAAAUGAAGAGGGGUUUUGAUAUAAAAAUUCUAUAACUUGUCUUUUAAGAACUACAAGUCUUUCUAUCCAUGGAUCGCUUUAACAGAAUGUUAAUAAUGGUAAUGCCAUCUUGUUGAUUUAUUGUUAUAAUAAAGAAAUACAGUACUUACGUAUCGUAUGUUGAAUGUAUAUAUCCAUCUUGUGUCUUAUCUUUCUUUUAAUUUACAGAAAAAUAUGGCAUAUUUUAUAGAUGGUUUGAAUUGCGAUUAAUUACAAUUAAUUAAUUUUUAAGCUGUAAUUAACUCGAUUAAAAAUUUUAAUCGUUUGACACCCCUAAUAUAUAUAUAUAUAUAUAUCUUUUACCCAGCUUUAUUAGCAAAUCAAGAAUCCUUGAUCGCAGGUCUUCAGACAGCUGUUUUGACCGAGCCAUGAUGCAUAUCAAACAAUGUAUAUAGUAAUAAUAUAAUUUUAUAGUGGGCAGGGCAGCUUUAAUCGAUUCGUCAGUGAUUGGACACACACCUGACUUAAAAUGUUUGGUAAAAAUUAGUUUCAAUUGCUCUUUAAGCCUUCUGCCUAAAAUACGAAAACCUAUAAAUGUUUAGGUUUUUUUUUUUAAAGCAGACACUGUUUUUACAUCUAUGUGGUUUUGACAAAGAUCAGAUCACAUUUGAUGGGGAUUCUAUGCAGAAAUGUGAGAAAUUCCAAAAGGUUCAUAUACUUUUUCAUACCACUGUAGGUAAUUUAAAUUGGCUUCCCAUAUGUUGUAAGGAUAGAAUAGAUCAUACCUAUUAAGAGAAUGAUUUUGUCUGUGUUCAGACUUACAUUUAUCCAUUUUCACUUGCUGAAUGUGCUGGUCCAUUUUUAUCCCCCUCAAAUGCACGUUUGAUUGGCUGAUGACUUGACUUGAAAUCCCCCCGCCAAACAGACACAAGUGCACUCACACAGCAGCGACAGAUUCAUGUCGACAAUAUUCCGCCUCCUCCGGCCCCUUUGAAAAGGAGGGAUAUUAGAAUUUUUUUUUCAGCGAGCAGCAGCCAGUGUAAGCAAUGUAAAAACACGUUAAAUGUUUUGGAAGUGGUGGAAACACCACUAAUUUUGCUACUGAACGUCCAACCUACAUCAGAGUUAGCGUAACAUUAAACUGUGAACUGUAACUUGCAAAACCAUUGCGGUCAGGCCAGCCUCCACAAGGAACAACAAAGUCAAUCUAGCCGUCCCUUAUUUGGAUCAUUGUUUGCAUUAAGUGCAUUAGGUAAUGCAACGCAGUGGCUUUAGAGUACAAGACCCUUUAUUUGGAAAAAAAAAAAAACAGCAGCUAUCCAAGAAUGGGUCCACUUCAGGGAGACACUGACAUGAACAUGAAAUCACACAUCAGAAUUUCAUGAGAGUACUUUAGUCUUACAUCGGUCCUUGGAUAUCCCCCCGAAUUACUUUAAUAUUAUAAAACUUCAGUUUGAAUCUAGGGGUGCUCCAGUGUCUCCCAGAAGUGGACCCAUUCUUGUAUAACUGUCAGGUUUUUUUUUAAUAAAGGGGCUUGCAGUUCAAAAUGUUUCUUUAGUAGUUUUUGAAAACAAAAGUUUGAAUCAAUUGUUGUGUCACCACAAUCAAUACACAUGAAAGUUCGUAUAAAUCAAUAUGAAUUUAUUUUGCGUUGAUCAUAUAGCCUAUCAGUUAAUUAGGUUCAUAUUCAUGAGAAAUAUAGCCCUGACCCCCGUUCAAUAAUCUGUUUGGUUUUACUAAUUUCCCGUCGCCAGCAAAAAAUAUACAUGCAGGUUAUAUAUAUAUAUAUAUAUAAUCCCUACCAUUGUUAAGGCCAAACCUACGCCCUUGUUUUCACCUGCUAUAAUUUCAGUCGCGAGUGUGCUAGAUACUGAGUAGGUCAGAAGGACAAAUGCUAAGCGCCUGCACGUGCCUUCAGAAGGCUAGAAGUUAAGCCAUUUUACACAUUUACGCAUGCAAACACACACACAGAUGCCAGUGGAAGUGAAGGACAGGUGAAUGUAUUCUUACUGACCAUAGCCUAAGGAUUUGAGAUUUAGCGCGGAUUGUUUUGGAUCACUCCAAGCUGAGAAAGCGCACCAUCGGCCAUCUGGGUUCUUCACCUCGUGAAGAUCAGCAUUAGGUGAACGCUCCCACUGCGAGGAGGAGCUAAUGCUUAAAAUGGAUUAAACUGGUCAUUGUGAUAUCUGCUUUGUAGUUAAUGAGUUAGUGGCCGUGCCUGGCGUUAAAUAGCACCUGUCUUAGAAUUUACCAAAUGUUUUCUUUCGUGGUUUGGCUGCUUUUCUUUCCCCUACAUAAUGUUGUUUUGUGGUCAGUAUGUGAUGGACUGCAAAAGCUCAUUCUAAACUCAAGAAAUUAAAAUAUGUUCAUUGAUUGAUUGGAUGACAUGAACAAGCUAAAGAGGUCCAUUAAAAAUUCCUUUAUCGAGACGAUAAUAUUCAGUUUUGAGCAACACUGCUGCUGAUCCAUUGAUCUGGAUUUAAAAAGAAAAACAUACUUUUGACCGGACUAAUCAAAGCAUAAAGAAAUAUUUCCAUCUAAUGCUUAGACAAAUGGUUUAAGGUAGAGUUGUCUCGAUUAGAUAUUUUGGCACACGAAUCGAAGAAUCAAAGAUCUGCUGAUAUCGAGUAACGAUCUGAUACCUUGGCAAUGUAUUAAAUAAUUUCUUACAAAACAUACUUUUUUUUUGUUUCUUUUGACAAUAUCCUUGUAAAUCUUAAUUAUUUUGUUACUUUGUAACCAUUCAAGAAAAUGUUAAAAACACAAAUCUUUUUUCCAUCCAAUUCCAGCCUUCUAAAAAUGUUGCUUAUUUUGUUGCUUUGUAGCCCUUUAAUACACUGCUGGCCAAAAGUAUUGGCACCCCUGCAAUUCUGUCGGAUAAUGCUCAGUUUCUUGCAGAAAAUAAUUGUGAUUACAAAUGCUUUCAUCGUAAUAUCUUCAUUUAUUUAGCUUGCAAUGAAAAAACACCAAAGAAAAUGGAAAAAAUUUUUACAUCAUUAUCAUUUUAUACAAAACUCCAAAAAUGGGUCGAAUAAAAGUAUUGGCACCCUUUGAAAAAUCAUGUGAUGCUUCUCUGAUUUGUGUAAUUAACAGCACCUGUUACUUACCUGUGGCACAUAACAGGUGGUGGCAAUAACUAAAUCACACUUGCAGCCAGUUAAAAUGGAUUAAAGUUGACUCAACCUCUGCCCUGUGUCCCUGUGUGUAUCACACUGAGCAUGGAGAAAAAAAAGAAGACCAAAGAACUGUCUGAGGAUUUGACAAGAAAAAUUGUGAGGAAGCAUUGGCUAUCUCAAGCGCAAUCUCAAGUCCAUCUCCAAACACAAUAUUCCCGUGUCUACUGUGCACAGUGUCAUCCAACAAGUGUAAAGCCCAUGGCACUGUGGCUGACCUUCCUAGAUGUGGACGGAAAAGAAAAAUUGUAAAUAGAUUUCAACGAAAGAUUGUGCGGGUGGUGGAUAAAGAACCUCAACUAACAUCCAAACAAGUUCAAGCUGUCCUGCAGUCCGAGGGUACAACAGUGUCAACCCGUACUAUCCGUCAGCAUCUGAAUGAAAAGGGACUCUAUGGUAGGAUACCCAGGAAGACCUUACACUUAUGACACAGAGACAUAAAAAAGCCAGGCUGCAGUUUGCAAAAGCUUACCUGAGAAAGCCAAAAAUGUUUUGGAAGAAUGUUCUCUGGUCAGAUGAGACAAAAGUAGAGCUUUUUGGGAAAAGGCAUCUACAUAGAGUUUACAGGAAAAAAACAAGGCAUUCAAAGAAAACACGGUCAAACAUGGCAGAUGUUCUGCGGUUGCUUUACUGCCUCUGGCACUGGACUGCUUGAUUGUGUGCAUGGCAUUAUGAAGUCUGAAGACGACCAACAAAUUUUGCAGCAUAAUGUAGGGCCCAGUGUGAGAAAGCUGGGUCUCCCUCAGAGGUCAUGGGUCUUCCAGCAGGACAAUGACCCAAAACACACUUCAAAAAGCACUAGAAAAUGGUUUGAGAGAAAGCACUGGAGACUUCUAAAGUGGCCAGCAAUGAGUCCAGACCUGAAUCCCAUAGACCACCUGUGGAGAGAUCUGAAAAUGGAAGUUUGGAGAAGGCACCCUUCAAGUAUUAGUAGUAAUAUUAGGCUGAGGGUGCCAAUAGUUUUGUCUGGUCCAUUUUUCGGGCUUUGUGUAAAAUGAAUGAUUUUUUCCCAUUCACUUUUUUCUUCAUUGAAAGCAAAAUCAAUGAAGAUAUUACUGCCAAAGCAUUUGCAAUUGCAAUCAUUUUCUGGGGGAAAUUGAGCGUUAUCUGACAGAAUUGCAGGGUACCAAUACUUUUGGCCAGCAUUGUAAUAGAAAAUAGCUAAAAAACCCAAUCUUUUUCACCCACUUCCAAUCUAAAAAGGAGCUCAGGCCUGAUUUCCGAACACCUCUGGAUUAUUUUGUUCCAUGUAGCUUUGACAGUGAUAGACCUCCGUGAAGUUGGCCCUCCAUCAGACUCAAGUUUAUAGAAAAAUUGCCAUUCGUUUGUGGUGAAAAAUUUCUGCUAUCAUUUUUUGAGAUAUUAACAAUUCUUUUAUAGGUAAAUCUAAGGACAGUUAAAAAUGGUGUCAAUUGUUUGUACUACAUUUAUGCUGUACAAAUUUUUCGUUUGUGCUGCUAUCGUUUUUAUGAUAUUGAAAUAUUAAUUUUGAGUGAUGGUGUCACGCAGCCCCCGCAUUUAUUGCAAAAUGAACACAAAAUGGGGCCAUUCGUUUAUGCUACGUUUGUGCUCUAAAAAUUUUCGUUUUAUAAAUAUUGAGAUAUUCAUUUCUAGUAAUGACGUCAAUGGCAGCACCUCCGUCGCGGCUGAUGAAGCGUACCUACUCUCUCUCAAUAACAGAGGGGUAACAACAACUAGCGCAAAAGAACUAUACUGCAAAAUGGACCCAAAGUGGUGCCAUUUGUUUGUGCUACGUCUGCGCUAGUUGUUGGGACACUCCUCUGUUAUUGAGAGAGUUGGUACUCUUCUCAGUAUCUCAAAAAUGAUUGCAGUACCAACCAGCACAAACGUAGCACAAACAAUUGACACCAAUUUUAGCCAUUUUUUGAUGAGAUAAUUGUGCUGGUUGACCUCAGAUUGACCUAUAAAAGAAUUGCUAAUAUCUCAAAAACAGUAGCACAAAUGAAAACAUUUUCAGCACAAACGAGCACAAACCUAGCACAAACUAAUGACAUAAUUUUUCUAUAAAUUUGAACUGGGGAGGCUGGCGUUGAGUGAUUGUUUCACUGCCAAAGCGAUUAAACAAUCCCUGCCAGCUCUCCCUAUGCCUGUAAAAAUUGAACAUUUAUCACCGUCAGUGGUAGCCAAUGAGUUAAUACUUAAAAUAAAUAAAUUCAUUCUCUUUCACUCGAUUACGAGCUUCUAAAUAUGACAUGAUCGGGCCUGAUUUCCGAUCACGUAAUAAGAUCGAGGACAUACCUAGUUUAACGUUAUCAUUACGUGUUGUUUGACUGUUUAAGCAUACAAUUUUUGCCAAAAUCUGUGAAAAUGCUGUAGUAUACUCAUGCUGGCUGUAGGGUCCAGAGGAGCGUGCUGCUGUAUUUUGUGUGUUUGUGCAAACAAUGACACAAUUCAUUUAACAUAUGUGUGCAAUCUGGGCAUCAUUGUGGGGGUUUUUUUUUCUCUGUAAGGUAGCCAGUUUAAGAAAUAGAAAUAAAAAUCCAACAUGACAUUUCGUUGGUCAGAUCAACAAAUUCCUAAAGAAAAAGGUCACGCGAAUGUCAUUGUUAUUAGUUCAGGCAGAAAUCUUGAUUUGAUUUUCUCAAUCAGUGUUAGGAAAAAAAAAAAUCAACAGAGAAAUUUUACUCUUUAGUAAACAACAGAAAGGUUUUAAUCUUGUCCCUUAAAAGUCAUUUCACUAGUAUGUCUCCUCAUGCCUGAUGUGGGCAAAGUCUUUAUUGUUGUAAAUAUUAAAUGGCCUUUUUCUGUAAAUAGUGCACCUGAGGUCCUGAAUUGUCGAUAUAAAUCUAAUGGCAUAUUUUUAUAUAUUUGUGUAAAGCUUUUUGUUUAUAUUUUAUGUUGUCUUCUCCAGCCAUGUGAGAAUCACAUGUAAAUUAUAUCUGUCAUCUCUCCAAAAACAAGACUCGAUGGCCUCCGUUUUGACUAAACAAAAGAUCGGUGCCAUUUGUGUUGUUGCUGGUAGCCAGUUUCACUCUUUGUGUUUUCAGUGUGAUGGGCGUCUGCAUGGAUUUGCUGCAGGUGACACCUUCUAGUUGUCAAAUGUCACUUCCUGUGUUUACCUGUUCUUCUUUCAUUGUUGGUUCAUAAUUGUAAUUAAAUAUGUUCA